AUGUCGAAUACAAUUUUUAGAACUGAUUCUGGUAGAAUUCCACCAAACCAACAAGAGAUUUAUGAAAAUCUUCCUUUCACAAAUGAAGAAAAUUAUUCUCAAAAUACAAAUUCAUUUGUAACGGCUAUUUCUGAGCCGAUAAAUGAUCUUCCUUCAGCAUAUGAUGAAAUAACACAAGCUGAAUGUGUACAAGUUCCAAAAAAUACAAAUAUUGAUGCAAAUUAUUUGAGUUAUCGUAUUGCUCAAGAAUUUUAA